AAUGGUCCAUGAUACGAGCUUCGAGGCUCUACAAUCCGAAAAUCUAUACAAUCAUUCAUAAGUACAUAGUAGCAUAUUUGUGCAGCAGGAAAGCACUGAAUCUUCAAGGAAAGGAGAAAGCGAUGGAGGCAGCGGCAAGAGUGCGAUUUUCGAGGAGAGAGGAGGGCGAGGUGAAAGAUAAAAGGUGAAAGACACCACGGGUUUGGGAGUUGCGAUCCUUCCGCUAUGCAUAUGAACACUCUAGUCCGUAAACUCGACGAGGAGAAAAGGAGGCAGCGCAGAUUUGUAACGAUACACGGAUAUAGCACGGGAGAAGAAAAUGGAGCGCUAGGUUGAUAUGACGAGGAACGGGCGGGAAGGAUCGCAGAAAUUCAGGCCCGCUAGGUGUCCCCGUCUGACGUGACCGUCGAGUCGGGGUCGAACGUAUUGGUGUCAUCGUCCUCGGUAGAGUCUUCCUCUUCUUCGUGCUCGUCCAU